CAUUCAAUGUUGAAACUUCAAUAUUAUUAAAUUUGUACAUAUUUGGAAAGUUGGAUUUUCGUGCGAAAAUGGAAACUAAUUUAGAAUACAAUAAAUACGAUGACAUUUUUACAUCUAUUUUGGAAAAAGAAAAAUCUAUUUUGGGCUUUUUAUCAUCCAUAUUCAACUUUCUAGCAAGACGCACCGAUUUCUAUUAUGUUCAUGAUGGCUUCCAUACAGACAUGGGUUUCCCGCCAGGUGUAGCGGAAGAAUUAGUUAUCAAAGUUUUAAGAAAAUGUGACCCAAAGAACUGGUCACUAGAUAAAGACGAAAUAAAUAAUGAAAUAAUGUGUUCCACUGUCGCUCAGGAAGUAGAAGUUAUUGCUCAGGAAGAUGAACAAGAAAUUGAGAAUGUUCCUGAAAUUUCCAAAGAAAAUGCGGAAACAAAUUCAGCAGUACAAUCUGAUAUCAAAGACAAUAGAUCUAUUUUUCCAGAAGAUUACGAACCUCCUCUUAUAGUAACACAAAAAAAUAGUGAAUCUUAUAAUGGAGCAAUCAGAGAAAAUUAUACGUGGUCACAAACUAUUAUGGAUAUAGAUGUAACAAUAAAACUACCACCAGAUAUAAAAUCUUCAAAAGAUCUAAAGGUGACACUAAACCCUGGAGACAUAUGUGUUGCUUGUCGCAAUGGUGAUAUCAUACUAAAAGACAAACUACCCUUCAAGAUUAAGACUAUUGAUAGUUUUUGGAGCAUCAGUGAAAACCGUCUUUUAAUACACUUGGAAAAAAUUCAAGAGCGUUGGUGGAAUAAACUAUUAAAUAAAGAAGAAGAAAUUGAUCUCUCCAAAAUUGACUGCUCAAGGCCAUUAGAUGAACUGCCAGAAGACAGUAUUGCCAAGGUAAGAGAAUUGCAGUGGAAUCAAGAACAGAAACUGAAAGGUCUUCCAACUAGUGAUGAAAUAAGAAAUAUUGAAAUUCUAAAAAAGGCCUGGAAUGCUGAAGGUUCUCCAUUUAGAGGAACAGAGUUUAAUCCAAAUAUUCUUAAAAAGUAAAUAACAUAUGUUGUUGUAAUCAUGAUCUAAAUUUUAAUGUAUCAAUAUUGUAACAAAAUAUAAUGUAAAACAAUCA